GUUAAUGGACCUGAUGGCAUUCUGCAGAAUGGAGCUGUGGAUGAUAAUGUGGCUAAAACCAGCCAGCUUCUGGCAGAAUUGAAUUUUGAAGAAGAUGAAGAAGAUACUUAUUACACAAAGGAUCUUCCUGUGCAUGCUUGCAGUUACUGUGGUAUCCAUGACCCUGCUUGUGUGGUUUACUGUAACACCAGCAAAAAGUGGUUCUGUAACGGGCGUGGAAAUACAUCUGGCAGCCACAUUGUUAAUCAUCUUGUGAGAGCGAAGUGCAAAGAGGUGACUCUCCAUAAAGAUGGACCUCUAGGAGAGACUGUCUUGGAAUGUUAUAACUGUGGAUGUCGUAAUGUGUUUCUCCUUGGCUUUAUUCCAGCUAAGGCAGACUCUGUGGUUGUUUUGCUGUGCAGGCAGCCAUGUGCCAGUCAGAGCAGUUUAAAGGAUAUUAAUUGGGACAGUUCACAGUGGCAGCCUCUUAUCCAAGAUCGCUGUUUCCUUUCGUGGCUGGUAAAGAUUCCAUCUGAACAGGAGCAGUUGAGAGCACGUCAGAUUACAGCUCAACAGAUUAACAAACUGGAAGAACUCUGGAAGGAAAAUCCAUCUGCAACCCUUGAGGACUUAGAAAAGCCUGGUGUUGAUGAAGAACCACAGCAUGUCCUGCUUAGAUAUGAAGAUGCUUAUCAAUACCAAAAUAUAUUUGGUCCUCUAGUCAAGCUUGAGGCAGACUAUGACAAGAAACUCAAGGAGUCUCAGACCCAAGAUAACAUCACAGUCAGAUGGGACCUGGGCUUGAACAAGAAAAGAAUUGCUUAUUUCACUUUGCCAAAGACUGAUUCAGAUAUGCGUCUUAUGCAAGGAGAUGAGAUCUGUUUGAGGUAUAAAGGAGACCUGGCCCCUUUAUGGAAAGGAAUUGGUCAUGUUAUCAAAGUUCCUGAUAAUUAUGGUGAUGAGAUAGCCAUUGAGCUGAGGAGCAGCGUUGGAGCGCCUGUGGAAGUUACUCAUAACUUCCAAGUGGAUUUUGUAUGGAAGUCUACUUCAUUUGACAGAAUGCAGAGUGCUUUAAAAACAUUUGCUGUGGAUGAGACUUCAGUGUCUGGGUACAUCUAUCACAAACUGUUAGGUCAUGAGGUAGAAGAUGUAAUUAUUAAAUGCCAGUUGCCAAAGCGCUUUACAGCACAAGGACUUCCUGAUCUCAACCAUUCUCAGGUUUAUGCUGUGAAGACUGUCCUGCAGCGUCCUCUGAGCCUUAUUCAGGGUCCCCCUGGUACCGGAAAAACAGUGACAUCAGCCACAAUCGUCUAUCAUCUGGCUAGACAGGGCAAUGGGCCUGUGUUAGUCUGUGCUCCAAGUAAUAUAGCUGUAGAUCAGUUGACUGAGAAGAUCCAUCAAACUGGACUGAAAGUGGUUCGUCUGUGUGCUAAAAGUCGUGAAGCCAUUGACUCUCCUGUAUCCUUCUUGGCAUUGCAUAACCAGAUCAGAAACAUGGAUAGCAUGCCAGAGCUUCAGAAACUGCAGCAGCUUAAAGAUGAAACUGGAGAACUGUCAUCUGCUGAUGAGAAACGUUACCGUGCACUGAAACGAACAGCAGAGCGUGAAUUACUUAUGAAUGCAGAUGUGAUCUGUUGCACGUGUGUGGGAGCUGGUGAUCCAAGACUUGCAAAAAUGCAGUUCCGCUCCAUUCUGAUUGAUGAAAGCACGCAGGCCACUGAGCCAGAGUGCAUGGUGCCAGUUGUCCUGGGAGCAAAGCAGCUUAUUCUUGUAGGUGACCACUGCCAGCUUGGUCCUGUUGUGAUGUGUAAAAAAGCUGCAAAGGCCGGCUUAUCUCAGUCUCUCUUUGAGAGGCUUGUGGUGCUGGGCAUUCGUCCGAUUCGCCUGCAAGUGCAGUAUCGCAUGCAUCCUGCACUCAGUGCUUUUCCAUCCAAUAUCUUCUAUGAGGGUUCACUCCAGAAUGGUGUUACUGCAGCGGACCGUGUGAAAAAAGGGUUUGAUUUCCAGUGGCCACAGCCAGAUAAGCCAAUGUUUUUCUAUGUUACACAAGGACAGGAAGAAAUUGCCAGCUCAGGCACUUCUUACUUGAACAGGACGGAAGCUGCCAAUGUGGAGAAGAUAACUACAAAGCUAUUGAAAGCUGGUGCCAAACCAGAUCAGAUUGGCAUUAUUACUCCUUAUGAAGGUCAACGAUCCUAUCUGGUGCAGUACAUGCAAUUCAGUGGUUCCUUGCAUACAAAGCUCUACCAGGAAGUGGAAAUUGCAAGUGUGGAUGCCUUCCAGGGCCGAGAGAAGGACUUUAUUAUCCUUUCUUGUGUGAGGGCCAAUGAACACCAAGGAAUAGGGUUUCUGAAUGACCCCAGGCGUCUUAAUGUAGCCCUUACAAGAGCAAGGUAUGGAGUAAUUAUUGUUGGGAACCCAAAAGCACUGUCUAAACAACCACUUUGGAAUCACCUGCUGAAUUACUACAAGGAGCAGAAAGUUCUGGUGGAGGGACCACUGAAUAACCUCCGGGAAAGCCUCAUGCAGUUCAGCAAGCCUCGGAAACUUGUCAAUACCAUCAACCCAGGUGCCCGUUUCAUGACUACUGCCAUGUAUGAUGCACGUGAGGCUAUUAUUCCAGGAUCUGUCUAUGACCGGAGCAGUCAAGGGCGCCCAUCCAACAUGUACUUCCAAACCCACGACCAGAUCGGGAUGAUUAGUGCCGGCCCCAGCCACGUCACUGCUAUGAACAUUCCUAUCCCUUUCAACCUUGUCAUGCCACCGAUGCCACCACCGGGAUACUUUGGCCAGGCUAACGGACCAGCCGCAGGACGUGGGGCGCCAAAAGGAAAGACUGGUCGUGGUGGGCGCCAGAAAAAUCGUUUUGGGAUUCCUGGAACUAGUCAGUCAAACCUUCCAAAUAGUCAAGCGAGCCAAGAUGUGGUGUCCCAGCCUUUCUCCCAGGGUCCACUGACUCAGGGGUAUAUCUCCAUGAGUCAGCCAUCACAGAUGAGUCAGCCUGGGCUCUCCCAACCAGAAUUAUCACAGGACAGUUACCUUGGUGAUGAGUUUAAAUCUCAGAUUGACGUGGCGCUGUCACAGGACUCUACUUACCAGGGUGAACGUGCAUAUCAACAUGGCGGAGUGACGGGACUGUCACAGUAUUAGAGUGUUGAGGAAGAAGAGCUAAGCUUGUGUGGAGCUUAGUUCAUCAGCAUUUUAUUCUGGGUAAUAAAAAAAAAAAAUAAAAUGGAUACCUGUUUUCCACUGCUAAAACUGAAGCACCACUGUGUGAGAGCAACAGGAGAAAGAAACCAACCAACGGAGAGGAGAGAGAGAGAAAGGAGCGCGCGCGAGAGAGCCCACUGCUAGCUCACUGAGACAAGGAGACUGACCGGAGAGGAGAGAGAGCACCGAAGGACUGGCUGGCGCCUCACUGGGAAGGCAACUCACCCUGAAAUGAGUGGUCAGCUGAGUCCCUGCUCCCCCAGUCAAACAAGCUCGAGAGAAGGGCCUUAAGCAGGUUUCACUUCAUUCCAUACUUCUCUUUGCGAGCAGGGCAUUACUUUUCAGAGCAGAUGGGGAGAGGAAAACCCUCAUCUCAGAGUUGUUCUCCUUUUAAAGGGGUACUAUAUUUUAGCAGAAACUGUUUACAUUUUAGAAGCAGAGUAUCUUGAGAAGAGAGAGAGAGAGUUCCUGACUAAGUGACAGCAAGCCAAGCAGAAAUCCAGCGGAACAUAGCUGAUGCUCAACUCUGAGAUGCAGGUUUUGUUGUCCAACACUGGCUCUGAAAUCCUAGUGUCAUCGUGUCGCCCACAUUCUGAACGGGUCUUUUGUGACAAGGUGGUUUUAAAGAGAUUCUUUCAAAGGAGCACUGAAUUUUUAGAAGUUUGU